UGCUGCUGAGGGAGACUGGGAGUGGGAAAGACGUGACGAGUCAAGAUGGCGAAGGACCUGGACGAGCUCUUGGAUGAGGUCGAGUCCAAGUUUUGCAGACCAGACCCACUGAGACUGGGUGUGGUCGAGCGGCCCAGAGGCUGUGGCGGCGGCUUCCUCAGCCCUGAUCGGAACCGAGCCGAGGCGAAAGACACUCUCAGAUCAAAAGAAACAUUUAACAAAGAAGAAGAUCUUGACAGUCUAAUUAAUGAAAUAUUUGAAGAGCCCAACUUUGACAAAAAACCCUCUAAAUUAAAAUCUAAAUCUUCAGGUAACACAUCUGUCAGAGCUUCCAUUCAAAGCCUUGGUAAAAGUUGCAGCCCAGUGUACCUCGGUGGAACUUCUGCUCCACCUGGGAUUGGAACAAAUACUUCACGGAGAGCAUGUGACCAUCUGCGUUGUAUAGCCUGUGACUUCUGGGUAGUAAGCUACGAUGACUAUAUGUGGGAUAAAUCAUGCGAUUAUCUCUUUUUCAGGAACAAUAUGCCGGAAUUUCAUAAAUUAAAAACUAAGUUGGUAAAGAAGAAAGGAACGCGUGCAUAUGCUUGCCAGUGUAACUGGAGGACUAUUGAAGACCUGACUGACCUUCAGAGAGAACAUCAGCUUCGUUGGGUUUGUGGUAAACAUUAAGAAUGCAGCCUUCACGUUCAGACAAAUGAGACCAUGAGAGCAGGCACCAUUGAUCACAAUGUUUAGGUAAAGGUACAUCCCAGUAUCAGGCCCUUUUGGAAAAAGACAGGAAAUUCAUUUUAACGACUACACAAGUUUUUGAAGACCAGAUGAACUUGGGAAAUUAAACUCACUUUAACAUUUUGAAAUUACUCCUUUCUGAUAGGUAAUUUCACUUGACAAUAUAACGAGUUGUCAAAAGUCUUCUUUGCUGGCUUAUCUCCUGUUAACUAGCAGUUUAAUUAUGAAACUUCAUACAACUAUAUAGUCAUUUACUAACAACUGCAGUAAUAUUGGCUACUACUAUACUUAGUAUAAACAUUCUUCCUCUCUAGAAAUUAAAGGGGAUAAAGCUGGCCAGAGUAGAGAUCAUUGAAGGGUGUACACACCCCUUUCUCUAGACAGAUAUACUGUUACCAAGGAUCAAAACUUCAAAGUGACAGAAAUAUGAUCACUAACUGAGAGGCUUCAGAAGCACAGAUAUAUUGUAAAAGCACUGUCCACAUCUGAUCUUAACUCACCAACUCAAAUGAAAACUGUAUAUGAACAGUUUUUAUGUAUUUCUCCUCCUGUUGACUUCAGUAUCAGAAGUUUAGUUUGCUAUUUUAGCAGAUAUCCAUUUAGAUUUAAAAAAUAUUAAAAUCACAAGGAAAGAUCCUAAUACCGGCAGGUCAUUAUUGAAUUUUCCGAGUACUUUGUAGUACUUGAUGCCCUAAGCACUAUCCAGUGAAGUGAACAAUAAGUAAGGUAUUUUCUUAGGCAGUCUGUUGAUUUUCUGGUAAUGACUAAUGAAUGGGAGUGCAUAAAAAGAGAAAUAAAAUAGGGCUAAACAACAGGCAGUCUUUUAGCUACAUUCUUAACAUCACUGAGCGGAAGAACCUACCUUAGCUGCAAAUUCAGGAACCCAGUUACCAGCUCCCAGGUCUAUCAAGAAAUUCUGGGGCCUUUCCAAUCUGCCAAAAGCUCUUUACUCAUGUCUAAUAUACAAUUCAAAUGUGUGACACAAGGCAUCCUGCAAAGGAGUAACUGAAACAGUUAUAAUUUUAGUCUUAUCCUGAAUUCAUUCCAUCCAUCCUCCUUCAGCACCAAAGAAAAAACUGGUCAUGAAGACCUCUCUAGCCCUGAUAUAUUUGCAUAUCUGUAGAGCUGACUCUAGUUCAAGUCUGGCGUUACAACAGAAUAAAUCUCGAAGUGGCAGGUGCUCCCAUUUUUGUACUGAGAAACUUUAUAGAUCAUAUCUUUAAAUAAAAAUUUUACUCUAAAAUUUUGUGUCAGUGUAAUUGUGUCAAACAUAGGGGAUUUGAUUAAAAUGACCUUUUCCACAAAAUAGCAGAGCACCAAGAUCCUGGUGUUCAGUAUCCCAUGGAAUUUGGGAAUUAGCCAUGAGCAAGUUUGCUAAAUAGAUCUCAUUUGAAAAUAGUUUUUCUUUUGUAUUAUUUCAUUAUAAGUAUUUUGUACUUUGGAUACAUUUCCCAUGCUUAGCAUUCCUCAGUGUAAUAAUUACAAUAAUUUCCCACUGUCAGAAAUGUAUAUAUGGGCUCACAUUUUUGGUAAAAACUAUAAAUUUUAAUAUACAAUUUUUAAUCUAAGCAGAAAGAAUAUGUAUAUAUACAAGUGGAUAAAUAUUAUCAGUUAUAACUUUAGCCAAAACACAACUAUUUUAGUAUCAGUCUAGGAAGAAAAGCAGUUUCGAAUCAACUAUAAUUUUGAAAUGCACUUCAGGAUGUUUUGCUAACUUGUUUUCAGUAGUUUAGUAAUUUCUUACCUGAACCAAGUAUUUUUUGUCAAGCUAGGUUGCUACUUAUUUCAACUUUGUUGUAUUCUCAGACCCUUCUGCCUAA